AUGGCUUCCGCCCCGUUCGACCCCCUCCAGUUCGGCGCCGACUUCUACAGCCUCUACCAGGGAUCCGCCGCCAUCGCGCCCACCUCUGCUCCUCAGCUCCCCAGCGGCGGAUGCAACUUUGUAGACCUGACGCCCGGCGCCGGCGCUCCUCGAUGCGGCUGCCGUCGCUUCUACUCGCAGCCUGCCGGCAACAACCUCCUAGAUCAGUCCGGCGGGUGGUGCAUGUGCAACCACCAUGCGUGCUACCACGAUGAGCGUCCUCUGCACCAACAACAGCCGCCGGAGCCCAUCCUCACUCCCACCGCGGCACAGGCCCUGGAGCGCCUGCAGACCAUGCGCCUGCGGCAGACCAUGAGCCCGGAACCGGAUCUCCUCCUUCGUCAGCGGUCAAUGCCCAUCCCUGGGCCCGAGUUGCUCGGCCCCAACGACGCCGACCCCUUGUCCUUUCUCAACAAACCAUUCGACGUUCCUUGCGACUCUCCAUCAGCCCUUCCCACGCCUCGGCAGGCAUCCAGCUCCAUGCCAGACACACUAGCCUGGGACGGCGUCGUACGACCGAGCCCGCCAGAUCCCGAUCCUUCGUGGCCCUCUAUUCCUCCUCAGUGCCUCAUGUCCCAGGGCGCCUCUAGGAGCUCGUCCUCGUCCUCGCGCGCCAGGUACCUCAGGCCCUUUGCCGGGAAAGGCCUGCAGACUCUCGGCAGCAGAGAACCGGCUAAUGCCCCAGCUGGUCUACGCGAGUCGCUGUCGGAUCAGGAAAUAGCGAGCAUUGAGGAGCCUAAUGAGGAGCAAUCAACGCCACGACCAAGCACGGCUACCACCCAGGUCGCAGACGAAUCCGAGACUUCACCUCGUGAGGCGUUGAGGAAUCUCACAGAAACCGUCGACGCCCACGCACAACGACUCGACAGGCUGGAGACCGUCUCAUUCUCCGGCAGUGCUUUCGAGGAGUGCCAGGACAGAUAUGAAAACAUGGACGCCCGAGUCAUUGAGCUGGAGAGUAAGGUGGACGACAUUGAGAGGCGGAUGCUCGACGAUAGCUUCCUGGGCCGUCACAAUGCCGAGGACGAUGCUGCCACCCCCAGCGCUGCCUCAGUUACCUCCAGCACUGCCAGCCGACAAGGUCACUCUGACCAAGUACACGUGCAGCUCCAGUCACUGCAGACUCAGGUCAACAUUCUUCGCUCCGCCAUCCCUUGUCCGGAACACGCGUGGGAAGUCGAGGUUGUCUUCCUUCCGUUCCCUCUGAAGCGGAUUUGGCGGCAAAUCCACCAGUUCAACCUUGGCCCCAUUGUCGACCAUGGAAGCGAGUCAUCAUCUCAAGCCCACAAUACACAAAACGCUUCCAAAUUCAGGGAUGCGUCCGGCAUGUUGGAAGCCUGGCGUGCUGCGCAGGGCCAUGAUUGGGAAUGGCUGCUGCCUAGGGCAUGCAACGACCAGAGCGUAAUCGACAUGCGCCUGAGGAGUCGUGGGCUGAUCAAGAAGAUCAGGGUCACGGGGCCGGAUGCAAGGAGCGUUAGCACUGCGAUGCGUGGCGCCUUUGGAAAUGUGCUUCGCGACAUGCAGAUGUACAACAGGCAUCAGAUUCCAGGCCUCAAGGCCCCGGAGUCCAUGGGACUUCAUUCUCCGUGGAUUCCUCUCCGCAAGAUCCACAAAGACUCGCGCCUCAGGUUCUUGAGUCCCGAGGAGAUGCUGACACCGGCACUCUGGGACGUGCAGUUCCUGAACUCGGUCAGGAUGGAGGCAGCGCAACCUAGAUUGUUCGUUACCCAUCCCGGCGCCUAUGUCCAGGACAUGAAAGCAUACGAUUCAGGCUGGACAUGGCAGAAGUUGAAGAAGGAGGUCCCGCCGGUGUGUGCCGACGAUUCUGAGUCACAGCAAGUGCCCGAUUCCGCUCGUCUCGAAAGAGAUUGCUGGGCGUGGAAUGACAAUCUCGACGGUGGCCCCAUCGUGCAGCCGCCCAACAAGGAACGACGCCACAGGAGCGUCUCGAUAUCGCCCCAGGUGGAAUACUUCCCUGCCUCCACGUCAUGGUCCAGCAGCUUUACCGAUGCUGCCCACCACCAGCCAACGAUACUCAAGAGUCGGGAGGAGUCGGUGCCGCCGUUCAUCAGGACGCCCUCGGCCCCCAUCUCUUCUUCCAUGGCGCUUCAGACUGCGUACGGCAGCGCGUCUCGCAGGCGAAGGGCAUCCUCCCGCAGACAGAGCCGACAUUCCUCGCCGCUCGUCUACGCCGGCGUCAGGAAGAGCCAGUCGACCCGCGACCCGCCCAUCCACCACCCGAUAAGCCCGAGACCGACCGCGUCCCCGUCCCCGGCGCCGGAUCGCCCCGAGCGGCGGGAUCGGGCAAUUCCUCGAGGAACAACGCCCGCUACACCGCACAGCAUGUUUGCCCCUCGGGGUGUCCUGACAGAGCGGGAUGACUUCGACAUGGAUGAAGGCGAAGCGACUGAUGUUGACAUGGAUCUAAACGCCGUCUACCAGAGGAACCUUGAAUCAGACGGCGAAGGGGACAGCGAGGGCACCGUGUCCAGUCCCCUGUUUAACACGAGUAGUUCAGAGCCAGCUACACAGGACCUUGAUCAAGGUCGCGAAGACGAGCAUCUUUCAGACGCUGAGAAUAUGGAUCCCAUGGCGGACGACGACGAGGACAACGACGGCGAUACAUUUGACAUUCAUCAGGAUGGGGAAGCUACGAGAUUACUGUAG